AUGGGGAAGAAGGCGGCCGCGAAGGCGAAAGCUGCAGGCUCUCGGCCAGGUUCCGGGAAGGCUUGGCCGCCAAAGCGGAACCAAAAGUCGAAAGGCAAGUACACGGCCGAGGACUACCAGGACCUGGUCAAGCAGCUACAUCCGCUUGGCCUGCGCGUCGUGAAGAUGGAGCCGGAUGGCAACUGCCUCUUCAGGGCCAUUGCAGAUCAGCUCUGUGGUGAUCCAGAGGAGCACAACCACUACAGAGAGAUGUGUUGCAACCACAUGAUCGAGAAUGCAGAUGAGUUUUCCUUGUUCUACGCAGACGAGGAUUUCGAGACCACCUGCGACUGCUUCGGCGCUUACGUGGAGCGGAUGCGCAGCCCCGGAAACUGGGGGUCACAGCUGGAACUGAUGGCCAUCUGCCAAGCCUUUGGGGUGAACGUCAUCGUCCACCAGGUUGGCUCGCCGUCCUACGAGAUGGAGUUUAGCCCUGCCGACGCGCGGUGCCUGCAGCUGUCAUACCACGACGGCGAGCACUACAACAGCGUCCGGUUCGAGUGGGACCUGACUCUGGGCAAGGCCGUAAGCUUCCUCUCCCUGCAGCAGCUGAAGAUGCGGGACAGCGACGUCGCGGCACUGCUGGAGGAGGUCAAGUACAGCCUUCCCCCGAACCACGGCUUUGAAGACACGGCGCUGCGCUCGACGCUGCUGCAGUGCAAGGAAAAAUCUGGAUAA